AAAAAAGGACAUUUCCGUAACUCCACACUUUCCUUCUCCUUCUUCUUCCUUUCUUCCUUGUAACUAUCUCUCUCACACUUCAUUGCAAACAAAAUACACUGUCCUCAAAUAACGGAACUAUCACUUUCUCUCUCUCUCUCUCUCUAGGGUUAGGGUUUGGUUUCUUCGAUGGCUUCGUCUUCCUCCGAUCAUGGAAAAUCUGCGGAAAACUCAGAAGCUUUAGCGGUUGCGAAUGAUCAGCUUUUACUUUACAGAGGAUUGAAGAAAGCGAAGAAAGAGAGAGGUUGUACUGCUAAAGAACGAAUCAGUAAAAUGCCUCCGUGUGCUGCCGGAAAACGUAGCUCCAUCUACCGUGGUGUCACCAGGCAUAGAUGGACUGGUCGAUAUGAAGCGCAUCUAUGGGAUAAAAGUACAUGGAACCAGAAUCAGAAUAAGAAAGGAAAGCAAGUUUACUUGGGGGCAUAUGAUGAUGAGGAAGCAGCGGCUAGAGCGUAUGAUCUUGCUGCUCUCAAAUAUUGGGGUCCUGGCACUCUUAUUAAUUUCCCAGUGACUGAUUAUACAAGAGAUCUUGAAGAAAUGCAGAACGUUUCGAGAGAAGAAUACCUUGCAUCUUUGCGACGGAAGAGCAGUGGUUUUUCAAGAGGACUAGCAAAAUAUCGUGGACUCUCCAGACGAUGGGAGCCAUAUGGUCGAUUGACUGGAUCAGAUUACUUCAGUAGUAUGCAUUAUGGUACAGGGGAUGAUUCAGCUGCGGAAAGUGAAUAUGUUAGUGGUUUCUGUAUAGAAAGAAAGGUUGAUUUAACAAAUCACAUAAAAUGGUGGGGAUCUAAUAAGAAUCGACAACCUGAUGCUGGAACAAGAUUAUCAGAAGAAAAGAAACAUGGUUUUGCAGGAGGAGAUAUUUACAGUGAACUGAAAACAUUGGAACAGAAAGUCCAACCGACAGAACCAUACAAGUUGCCAGAGUUAGGACGGCUCCACAAUGAGAAAAAACAUAAAAGUUCUUCAAUGUCUGCCUUAAGUAUAUUGUCACAGUCUGCUGCUUACAAGAGCAUGCAAGAGAAAGCGGCAAAAAGACAGGAAAGUAGCACUGAUAAUGAUGAGAAUGAAAACAAAAAUAUAGUCAAUGAGUUGGAUCGUGGAAAGGCAGUAGAGAAACCCUCAAAUCAUGAUGGUGGCAAUGAUCGACUUGACAUUGCAAUGGGAAUGAGUGGAGCGUUGUCUCUUCAAAGAAAUGUUUACCCAUUGACACCAUUCUUAUCUGCGCCGCUUUUGACAACGUACAACACUGUUGAUCCAUUGGUAGAUCCUGCUCUCUGGACAUCGCUCAUUCCUAUGCUUCCUGCCAGCCUUUCUCGUCCAGCUGAGGUUACAAAGACUGAGACCGAUUCAACAUACACUAUAUAUCAGCCAGAGGAGUGAUUGGACUUUAGACGUAUGAAUUUCUAAUUGAAGAAAGCCAGAGCACCUGAAAGCUGAGCAUGUACCAAACAAACAACAGUGUAAAGUUCUAAACUCUGAAGAGCUCAAAGCAAAUCUUAAAUAAUGCCCCCAUGGCUUUUUGCAAUAUCACAUAGGUUGUAGAGGUGGAAGAAAAGAAAGUACAAUAGUUUUACAUUGUGAGAUAGAUAUAUUAUAGUAUAUAUUAUAUAUAGGAUCACAACAAAAGUUUUUACAUUUCAAGCCAGAUAUGUAUCAGUUGAUAUCUUUGUCAUGUAUAUGCAGUCAGUGUUAGACAAAUUUUGAUUUCA